GUUUUUCUAACAAGACGAAACAUAUUCUCCAGUUCAAGACUAUCACUGCGCUCUUCAACACCGUUUUUGACCCUCCGCAUCGCAAGAAUCUCACGCGUGCCAGAACUGAUAUGUCGCUUCGAAAAGUGAUUGUAGACGUCGAUGUCGGCACGGACGACGCCUGGGCUUUGCUUCUACUGCUGAAGUGCGAGAAGAAGUUCAACUUCAAGGUUGAAGCCAUUACCUGUACUCACGGGAACACAGACGUGCACAACGCUACACGGAACGUGCUGCGUAUCUUGGCCGCUAUUGGAAGAACCGAUGUUCCGGUGUAUAAGGGAGCGGUCGAACCGUUGAUCACACCCGUUCCAGAUCGUGAACGACAUUUUCACGGCGUGGACGGUUUCGGAGAUUUGAACUUCGAGGAGCCGGAUGAGAGUUUGGUCCAGCCAGGCCAUGCCGUCAACGAACUGGCACGCAGGUUGAACGCGGAUCCUGGCAAUAUCUCGCUGAUUUUCGUAGGACCUCUAACGAAUCUGGCCUUGUGCUUGAAGUUGUACCCGGAAGUGCGCGACAAGAUCAAGGACCUGUACGUGAUGGGUGGCAACCGACACGGGGUAGGCAACGUAACGAAGAGCGCCGAGUUCAACUUUUGGGCAGAUCCGGAAGCUGCGCACAUCAUCUUCAAUAACUUGACCUGCCCGAUAACGCUGCUGCCGUGGGAGACUUGCGUUUCCGAGCAUCGGGAAUUGGCGAUGACUUGGCGAAUGGACGUCGUGGGCCAAACGGCUAACAAAGCUGUACUGAUGCUGAAUCAGGUUGAAGCCAAGUGCUACGGCCACUGGGAGAACUGGAUGCCCUGCGAUGCGUUUGUGGUGGCCGUUUUCAUCAAGCCGGACAUUGUGCAGCACUCGGAGCACUGGCACGUGGACAUCGAGCUAACGGGCACGCUGACCCGGGGCCAAGCCGUGUUGGAUCACAAAAAGCGAACCAAGGAAAAUACGAGAAUCGUCGACAGGAUCGACACGAACUAUUUCAAACAUAUGAUGAUGUAUGCUGCUGAUCACGAUGUUGAACAUCAUCUAUGAUCAAUUUGCUAAUAAAAUCAAGUUUUAGUCUUUGUGGUAAUUUUA